CGGACUGACAGGUCCCUCCUAAAGCAUGUACUUUCACACCCUCGGUGACAAACUUUGGAAACUAGGGGAAGAUGUGCCCAGGGUGCUGCUCCGUGCCCAGAUGGGAGCCCACACCUCCUCCAGAGCUGAUGCCCCUCCUUCCUCCUGACCAGCCACUAAGGCAGGUUGCCUCAUCCCUGUCUUGACCCACAGGAGGGUGAGGAGAGCGGGCCAGGGACCCAGGGGCGGGCUCAGCCUUGAGACUGCGCUGCAGACACAACAAGGUUAGGGCGGGCGGGGGGCGGGGCCAAGCAGGUGAGAAUGAGCUCAAUGCAAUCGGCGGGCGGCUCCCACUCUUCUGCCAUGGACCGCACUGUGGUCCUCAUCACUGGCUGCUCCUCCGGCAUCGGCCUGCACCUGGCCCUACGUCUGGCGUGCGACCCGUCCCGGAGCUUCAAAGUGUACGCCACGCUGAGAGACCUGAGAGCCCAAGGCCCGUUGUGGGAGGCUGCCCGGGCCCGGGGGUGCCCUCCCGGCUCCCUGGAGACGUUGCAGCUGGACGUGAGGGACUCGGAAUCUGUGGCCGCUGCCCGGGAAAGCGUGACCGAGGGCCGCGUGGACGUGCUGGUGUGUAACGCGGGCAGAGGCCUGUUCGGGCCGCUGGAGGCGCACGUGGCGGGCGCCGUGGGCUCCGUGCUGGACGUGAACGUGGCCGGGACGGUGCGGACGCUGCAAGCCUUCCUGCCGGACAUGAAGCGGCGGCGCUCGGGACGCGUGUUGGUGACCGGAAGCAUGGGUGGUUUGAUGGGGCUGCCCUUCAGCGCUGUUUACUGCGCCAGCAAGUUCGCACUCGAAGGUUUAUGCGAGAGUCUGGCUGUUCUACUGCCGCCUUUCGGGGUCCACGUGAGCCUCAUCGAGUGCGGCCCGGUGCGCACCGCCUUCCAGGAGAAGCUGGAGGGCGGUCCGGGAGGAGCGCUGGAAAGCGCGGACGCGAAGACCCGCGACCUCUUCUCCCGCUACCAGCGCCACUGCGAGCGGGUCUUCCGCGAGGCGGCGCAGGACCCCGAGGAGGUGGCGGAGGUCUUCCUCACCGCGCUGCGCGCCCGGCGGCCGGCCCUGCGCUACUUCAGCACCGAGAGCUUUCUGCCCCUGGCACAGCUGCGCCUCGCGGACCCCAGCGGCUGCAGCUUCGUCGCCGCCAUGCGUCGCGCUGUGUUCGCGGACGAGAUCGCGGAGGGCUCUGAUGGCGCCGGGACCGAGGCCGGCGGACUAGGGGACCCUGAGCUCGGCGCUCCUCCCGCCGCCCCUCAAUAAAGUAUGAGCCUA